AUGUUACAACACCAUGGUAGUCGUUUAAUAGAUUCACCAAAUUUUCAACAAUUAUAUACAAGUCGUUUUGUACCUUUAUUUAUACAUUUAAUUCUUUUAAUACUAAUUUUUGCUUUUCGUGAAGAUCUAGUUAAUGAUACUAGUACGAAUAAAUAUAUUUGGUCGGAUGCUUGGACUGGUGCAUCACUUGGUUUAGUGAUUAUUGAAAUGGUUUUAUCUCUAGCGGGUUUUUCAAUAUUUCGACAUUAUUCUAUUAUAUUUUCAAUUGUAUUACAUUCAACAGCUUGUGUUGUUCUAAGCGCAUAUUUUAUGUCGGAUAUGGAUAUUCGUACGGGUUUACCAUAUUUAUUAUUUUUUUGUACAUUUUUACCAUUGAUUAUUGAAUUAAUCAGUUGGCUUGAAUUAUUUGCAUGCAACAAAAAACUAUGA